CAGGAGGGUGAACAACAGAGCAGGGAGCUACAGGAGGGUCAACAACAGAGCAGGGAGCUACAAGAGGUUCAACAACAGAGCAGGGAACUACAGGAGGUUCAACAACAGAGCAGGGAGCUACAGGAGGGUCAACAACAGAGCAGGGAGCUACAGGAGUUUCAACAACAGAGCAGGGAGCUACAGGAGGUUCAACAACAGAGCAGAGAGCUACAGGAGGGUCAACAACAGAGCAGAGAGCUACAGGAGGUUCAACAACAGAGCAGAGAACUACAGGAGGUUCAACAACAGAUCAGGGAGCUACAGGAGGGUCAACAACAGAGCAGGGAGCUACAGGAGGGUCAACAACAGAGCAGGGAACUACAGGAGGGUCAACAACAGAGCAGGGUGCUACAGGAGGUUCAACAACAGAGCAGGGAGCUACAGGAGGGUCAACAACAGAGCAGGGAGCUACAGGAGGUUCAACAACAGAGCAGGGAGCUACAGGAGGGUGAACAACAGAGCAGGGAGCUACAGGAGGGUCAACAACAGAGCAGGGAGCUACAAAGCAGGGAGCUACAGGAGGGUCAACAACAGAGCAGGGAGCUACAGGAGGUUCAACAACAGAGCAGGGAGCUACAGGAGGUUCAACAACAGAGCAGAGAGCUACAGGAGGGUCAACAACAGAGCAGGGAACUACAGGAGGGUCAACAACAGAGCAGAGAGCUACAGGAGGUUCAACAACAGAGCAGAGAGCUACAGGAGGUUCAACAACAGAUCAGGGAGCUACAGGAGGGUCAACAACAGAGCAGGGAGCUACAGGAGGGUCAACAACAGAGCAGGGAACUACAGGAGGGUCAUUAA